AUGUCUGGCCUAAGUUCCUUUAACGUCGCAACCGAGCCUGGAGAUGUCCUGGACCAAAGCUUACUAUGUCCGAUAUGUAAGGAGUUGAUGAAUCAGCCCGUAUCCAUGCCUUGCGGGCACAGUGCUUGUAAGACCUGCCUUCUGGAGAUGAUCUCCAAACAGAGCAUUGGCUCGAGACCUUGCACCUGCCCGCUCUGUCGAGCAAGGAUCGAAGGGGACAAGUUAAACGUUAACGUAACAGUUAGCACUUUGAUUGGAAGAAUCCAGGUGCGUUGCACUAAUGUCGGCUGCUCCUGGGUUGGAAUGCAUAGCGAGAAGGAAACGCACAUGGACACUUGCCCCUUCAUGGUUAUUGACUGCCCCAAUGGACCUCGUGGCUGCUUGGUUAAACCAGAGAGGUAUGCGCUGAACCUGCACAUAGCAUCCUGCCCCUUUGAAAAAGUCCCUUGCUUUCAUUGCCACAUAGGAGUGGAGAGAUCGACACUUGCUAGCCACGAGGACAACUGCCGAGAAAUUCCACGGCCCUGCCCCCUUCAGUGUGGAGAACAGUUACCAAGAUCGCAUAUCCACCUGCACCUUGGCGAUUGUCCACAACGUGUGGUAAAAUGUACAGUAAAGGGGUGCCACAAUUUUUACGCGCUUGAAGAGGAGGCGGAACACGAUAAACAGUACCAAGAAAGUCACCAGGUGCUGCUGAAGCAAGAGGUGGAGAGGCUAAGAGGAAUAAUAUUUGAUCAGGCUGAUGAAACAGUACGGUCAACAACAAAGAGAACUUAA